AUGCUACCAAAUGAUCACAAUCUACCAUCCUCAAUGAAGCAAUAUGAAAACUGCAUAAGUUGCCCUAGAUGUGGUUUGUCACGGUGGAAGCUAAACAAAAACAAGGUUGAGAAGAAAGGUGUUCCUGCUAAGGUGGUUUGGUAUUUCCCUCCCAUUCCAAGAUUUAAGCGCAUGUUUAAAUCUUUAGAGACCUCGAGAAAUUUAACAUGGCAUGCAGAUUCUACAAGAGUUGUUGGUCAGUUACGUCAUCCAGUUGAUUCACCAUCAUGGAAGUUGGUGGAUCAUAUGUGGCCUGACUUUGAAAGUGAGCCAAGAAAUCUUCGCCUAGCACUUGCAGCUGAUGGCAUUAAUCCUCAUAGCAACCUUAGCAGUCGGUACAGUUGUUGGCCAAUCAUGUUGGUCAACUAUAAUUUACCUCCAAAUAUGUGUAUGAAGAGGAAAUACAUCAUGCUAACUAUGCUCAUUUCAGGGCCUAAGCAGCCUGGAAAUGAUAUUGAUGUCUAUCUGGAGGUGCUAGUUGAAGAUUUGCAACGAUUGUGGGAAGGAGUUGAUGGAGUCUAUGAUGCUUAUCGCAGGCAGUUCUUCACUCUUAAAGCAGUCUUAUUAUGGACCAUCAAUGACUUUCCUGCAUAUGGUAACCUUAGUGGAUGUACUACACAUGGUUAUUAUGCAUGUCCAAUAUGCGGAGAAGAUACUUAUGCAAGACACUUGGAAAAUGAGAAGAAAAUGUCAUUUUCUGGCCAUAGAAGAUUCCUAUCACGGUUUCAUCCAUAUCGUAGGCAAAUGAAGGAGUUUAAUGGCAUGGAGGAACUUGGAGAAGCAGCUAGACCAUUAUCUGGGAUUAAGUUGUUUGACAAACUUUCUGACAUAAGGCAUUGUCUUGAUGUUAUGCAUAUCGAGAAAAAUGUCUUUGAAUCCCUCAUUAAUACUUUGAUGAAUGUUAAAGGAAAAACCAAGGAUAAUGUGGCAGCUAGGUUGGACAUGGUUGAGAUGGGAAUUAGACCUGAAUUAACACCUAUAGUUGGGGAGAAAAGAACAUAUCUUCCUCUUGCUGCGUGCUCAUUCACAAAAAAAGAAAAGUUGCAAGUGUGCAAGUCAUUAAAGGAUAUAAAAGUUCCAGAAGGUUUCUCUUCGAACAUGAAUAAUAUUGUGUGCAUGGAUCAGUUGAAGUUGACUUGCUUGAAAUCCCAUGAUUGUCAUGUUUUAAUGCAGUAUUUCUUACCAAUAGUCAUACGUGAUGCACUGCCAAAACAUGUUAGAUAUGCCAUCAUAAGAUUAUGCUUCUUCUUCAAAGAUAUUUGUUGCAAGGUUAUAGAUGUAGCCAAGUUAGAUAAGCUGCAAUCUGACUUGGUUGUUACACUCUGCUUAUUGGAGCAAUAUUUUCCCCCAUCUUUCUUCGAUAUCAUGCUUCACUUAACUGUCCAUCUUGUUCGAGAAGUCCGAUUAUGUGGACCAGUUUACUUCAGAUGGAUGUAUCCAUUUGAAAGAUGCAUGAAGGUUCUUAAGAGUUAUGUGGGCAGUCGAAAACAUCCUGAAGGUUGCAUUGUUCAGAGAUAUUUAGCAGAAGAAGCAAUUGAGUUUUGUUCAGAAUACCUUAAUGGCGUUGAUCCUAUUGGAGCCCCUCAAUCAAUUCGAGACUCAAAAGCAAAUAUUUCUGGCUUGCAAGCAUGCAACACACCAAUUAUAGUGCAACAAGUUGAUCUGCAACAAGCACAUUUGACUGUGCUAGAAAAUAUGGAAGAAGUGGCUGCUGAAAUUGACAGUUGCAAUGGUGGAACAACAUCGACAUUAACAUGGUUGGCCCAUGGACCGCGUGUGCAAAUCCUUAAGUAUAAUAGUUAUGUGAUAAAUGGUAAUUUAUACCAAACAAAGGCGCGGGAUGAUGACAGAGUUUGCCAAAACAGUGGGGUUUCUUUAGUUGCCAACACCAUGCUUGUAUGUAGUGCUAAAGAUAAGAAUCCCUUGUUAGCUGAUGUGUCUUUCUAUGGAGUGAUUGAAGAAAUAUGGGAAUUAGACUAUCAUCAAUUUCAUAUUCCUCUUUUCAAGUGUGCGUGGGUUGCAAAUGACAAAGGAAUAAUCAACAACGAUGAAUGUGGCUUCACCUUAGUCAAUUUAAACAAACGAGGACACAAGAAUGACGAAUUUGUGCUUGCAAGUCAAGUCAACCAAGUCUUUUAUAUUGAUGACCCAUUAAAAAAGGGGUGGUCAAUUGUGCUUCCAGUUCCAAAUAGAUGUUAUGAGGAAGAUGAUGAUGAUUGGAGCAGUAUUCCAUAUUCUCGACCAAUUGAUGAUGUUAAUACUCAUUGUAUUCCUGCACAUGAAAGAUAUUUUAGAUCAGAAAUUGAGGGUGUAUGGGUCACAAAAAAGCAAAAAUGA